AUGUCUUUGACGCAACCGAAUGCUAUGGCAAAUGUAGCGAUCGCUUUGCAGCAGCAACAGAUCAUGGCGUCUUUGCUCAGCCAACAAAAAGAAAACAUAAAUCUGGCAGCUGGCCUGUCUAUGGGAAUGCCUAGACCACAACCAUCUAUGUUGAACAUUUUGAGCAUGAUGGGUUUACAGCAGCGUAUGUUACUACAGCAACAACCUGCUUAUGGACUUGUAGCUCCGUUGACACAGCAAAUCGGAACUCCUCCGCAAGCGCAGUCAGUUGCAAGAUCAGAUGAGAAGCCAAAUGUCAGCGAAUCUGGUGGACAGGUAGGCAAAAUCGUUCUCGACUUUGAGCGGGGUGAACGGGGGUGUCUGGGCAGUUGACC